CGUUAGGUCCGUUACACUUGUCAUCCCAGUGACUUGAGCCGACCCCGCAGGCGGGCUACAAACGUUGGCAUGUGUCAAACAUCUUUCUACCAUCAUUGACUACCUAGCACUCAUCAUAUACUAAUCACCAUUCAACUCGACGAUCCAUUGAAAUGGCUUCUGAAGCGACUGCGCGCAAGUUCUUCACUGCCUCGGCCUUUGCUGUCGUUGGUGCCAGCAGCAACACGGCCAAGUUUGGCCACAAGGUGUUCGCCUGGUAUUUGGCCUACAACCUGCCAGUCACACCGAUCAAUCCCUCAGCGGGCCAUGUCACCGUGCAGGGCAAAGACUACCCAGCUGUCCCUAACCUCACCGCCCUCCCCAACCCCAAGGAAACCGCUGUGAGCAUCAUCACCCAUCCAGCCAUCACGAUUGAUGUGCUCAAGGAGGCAAACCGGGUGGGCGUACCUAGCAUCUGGCUGCAGCCGGGAACUUGGGACGAUGCUGUCCUGGCGUUUGCAAACGAAAAGGGCAACUUUGAGAAUGUCGUCUAUGGUGACGGAGGUCGGGGAGGCGAAGGGUGGUGCGUGCUUGUUGACGGUGAGAGAGUAGCCAAAGCCGCUGGAAAGCUGUAGUUAGCACACUCUUUUAGCGAUGCUGGCAAAUCACUCAAAGCAUCUUCUGGUGAGCGAAUGUCUUCCUGGUCAGUGCUUUGAACGUUCUCCAGACAAUCUGUGAGAGGCCAGAGCGGUGCGAGCAGAUCAAGGCAACGACAUUGACAACAUUCAACUUGAAAGCUUCUGACUCUACGAAUGGAACCGGAGCGGAGAGCAGCAGAAACUUUGUUCAAUGCAUCUGCGACGUACUGUG